ACUUUACCAAUGACACUAAACCAAAUGGCUGAAAUUUAUAGGAAUGUCAAUGUUGCAUUUAAUAUCUGAUAGAUUAAUAAAUCAUAUUGCUUCCAAAGAAAUAAUAGAAUCUUCUAAACAAUAACAAAUGUUAAUCUUGAGAAAUAAUUUCAACAUGAAGAUAAACUUAUUUCUCUGCAGUAUAUUACUGAUUCUCACUAUAUCAAGUGCAAAUAAUUCUAAUGAGAAUAAAAAGAAAUCAUGGCGUGAUAAAGAUAUAAGAGAUAUGAAUGACGCAGAUUUGGAACAUCUAUUGGACCAAUGGGAGGAAAAUGAAGAACCUCUGCCACCGGAUGAACUUCCUGAACACCUUAGACCAAGUCCAAAAAUAGAUUUAUCAAAGAUAGAUGUUUCUAAUCCUGAUAAUGUUCUCAAAAUGACAAAAAAAGGUAAAGGUGUUAUGAUGUUUGUGGAUGUAAGGGAAGAUCUUUCAGAAGAACAAGCUGGUGUUAUAAUGCGCAUUUGGCAAACUAGUUUACAAAACAAUCAUAUCAUAGCAGAAAGAUAUUCGAUUGAUCCUAAACGAUCAGUCUUUUUAUUCCGAGAAGGAUCUCAAGCUGUUGACGCUAAGAAUUAUUUACUAGAACAACCAGAGUUAUCUCACGUUACCCUUGAAGGACAAACAUAUUAUAGAGAUAAGAGUAAAAAUCAAGGAAACAAGAAAACAAAUCAUAAAGUAAAAAAGUCAGAAUUAUAAAAUAUUAACAAAAUCAUUUCAAAUGAAUCUAUUAAAAAGUUGGAUUCUUCUAUUUCUUUUUUGUCUUACCAACAAAAAUGCGCAAAUUAUUUUGAACGAUAUAUUUUUAUAACUUAAAUAUAAUAUCUAUAUGUUUUUUUUAUAACAAAAGAAAAAAAAAAGAGAUAAAUUUUGUUAACAAAUUAUUUCUCAUUGACGUAUCCUAUAAAAUGUCAUAAGGAAAAAUGAAUAAAUAGCAUAUAUCAAU